CGCUGUGUGGCGGCGGUGCCCUCUGAUGGCGGCGGCUGAGGCGGAGGCGGGCGGCCUGCGCUCUGGCAUGGCCGGGGCGGCGGGCCCCGUGGCGGCCGAGGCGGGGGCGGCGGGCCCCGCGAUGGCCGAGCCCGGGGCGGCGGGCCCCGUGGCGGCUGAGGCGGGGGCGGCGGGCCCCGCGAUGGCCGAGGCGGCCGCCGCGGGCCCAGCGGCGGCUGAGGCGCCGCCACCGCCGCCGCUGCCGGGGCUGCGGCUGGUGCAGCAGGGUGCCGAGGCGCACGUUUACCGCGGGCUCUUCCUGGGGCGGCCGGCCGUGGCCAAGCUCCGCGUCCCGAAGCGGUACCGCCACCCGGCGCUGGAGGAGCGGCUGAGCCGGCGGCGCACGGCGCAGGAGGCGCGCUCGCUGCUGCGGUGCCGGCGGGCAGGGAUUGCAGCUCCAGUGGUCUACUUUGUGGAUUAUGCCACCAACUCCAUAUAUCUUGAAGAUAUUGUUGACUCGGUUACCGUUCAAGACUAUAUUAAUUCUGUACAACAGAGUGGAAAUGAUACCAGUAGCCUCCUUAUCCUAGCAGAGAAGAUGGGUGAGUUGUUAGCAAGAAUGCACGAUGAAGACCUUAUCCAUGGGGAUCUCACAACUUCCAAUAUACUUCUGCGGUCACCCACGGAGAAGCUGGACUUGGUGCUGAUAGACUUUGGACUCAGUUUUAUUUCAGGUCUUCCGGAGGAUAAAGGAGUUGAUUUGUAUGUUCUGGAAAAAGCGUUCCUUAGCACCCAUCCAGACACUGAAGAUAUGUUUAAAGCUCUGCUAAAGACCUAUGCAGCUACAUCUAAAAAAUCUGGUCCAGUGAUCAAAAGGCUGGAUGAAGUACGACUAAGGGGAAGGAAGAGAACCAUGGUUGGGUAGAAGAGAGCAAGUUUUGGGAUGGAGAAAUGUUUACUGCUUGGGUUCUGCAAAUACGGCUGUUUAUACUUCCAGUUGGUUUUAUUUGACGGAUUGCUAUUUUAAUAACUGUAUCUUCAAAUUAAAUAAAUUUGAAUAAGUUUGUGUCAUAAA